AUGGCGAGUAGCGUUUAUGGGAGACGAAGGCCACAGAGCAUUCCUGAAAUGUAUGCACUCUUAAAGGAAAUUCAUGGUUUACUCAGACAAGGUGUUGCUGUUGACAAUAUAUCUUCUCACCUUUCACCAUGGGCAUCUGCUUUAUUUGAAUUUAUGCCACCCUUUAUUAGGAAACAGCUGCUCCUUUACCCUGGAUCAGAUGACUCAGCACAGUUAUCUCAGAAAGAAGGCACAUACAAGGGAAAGAAAUUCAGUGCCAUUUGCCAUUUUUUCGAUUAUCAAGCUCGUGGAUCUCUGCCAUCAAAAUUUGACUGUGAUUAUGGAUAUGUUCUUGGACACAUCUGCUAUCAUAUACUAGCUGCCGGUUUAAAUGGAUACAUGGCAACUGCAACUAACCUGAAGAAUCCUGUAAACAAGUGGCGAUGUGGGGCUUCUCCAAUUGCACUUUUUGUCUGUUUGUGA